UAAUACAACCACGUGUUGAUCAUCCGCAAAGAAAUUGGAAUUUUGAGGAGUAACUAUCGAGAUUUAGUGGGAGAUGGAAGGGGAAGCGCUACAUCGUCAGUGUACUUCGUCGAGGACCGAUUAACGAUGAUUUGGGAUGUUUCUGGGUUGUACAGUCGACACCGUCUCAGUGUGCCUAACAUCUUAGCAAGAAGUACAUUUGCUAUGGACAACAUACCCUCGAGACGACUGAUCAACCCACCUGUGAAAUCCAAGUCCUGCUAUCUCACAUCAACUGUCUUCCCAGUUCCUGUACCACUAGCACUGCCAAAGCAAGCACCAAAUCCUGGCAUUAUUUGGAAGCCAAACAAUGAAUCUACAUCCUUCAGAAACCGAUCACCUUAACGUUAAUAUGCGAUAUAAAACUGCAAUGUCACAUCGAGGAUAUCAUUCUGCAAAAUUCCGGAAUGUUUCAACUCAACGAUAAAUGUAAAGGCUACACCAACUCCCAAAUCUUGGAGACUAGUAGUAAUGAUGAGAAGAACGCAAUCACUAUCAUCAACCUUGGAACCGCUCAAACCCUGACUUGUGAAGAAAAUAAAGAGAAUCAUUCAAUGAACCCCCUGAACCUGAAGCCAUCACAACUGAUCAACAGUGAUUCCAAUGAUAUCAAGAUAGCCAACAAGAAAUUGAACGAGAUAAAUAGCAUUCUAUCCACAAGAAUGAAUCAGUCAUCCUGGAUUACCAUCAUCUUGAGUCUAACGCGCUUCAUGCUCUUGUCAUCACCACCUGCUGUUGUGAACAAUAUUGCAACUGUUUCAAACUUAUCAGAUGAUUCUACGCCGACAUGGUUGACACAAGAUCAGAAUCGAUCGUACCCGUGAUCAAAAACUUCGUUAAUUGUAAUAUCGACUCUGACGUCCGCCUAGAGCCUCUGCUACCAUCUCCAGACAUCAUCAUCCAUCGUGGUAAAUCCUUAUCACCAAUCGCAGAACGACUCCAAGGAACCUUUGACAAUUCGAACCACGAACUUCAACUUCAGUUGAGAGGUUCCAACCGCGUCAAGGUGCGAAGGAGUACAACCCGAUUGUAGUGAAAGUCGAAAACAAAAUAAAACAAGGAAAAGCAACAAAAAAAUCAACUACCUAUAUACAAUAACCUUCGCUCAAGAUCUGUAUCCAUUAGUAGAUAAGAAACUCCUAUUAAUUAGAUUUAUUUGAUACUUGAAUAUUUCCAUUUUCUUUUAUUUUGAUUGAAAAUGACAUUUCCAAUUGUAAGCGAGGAGGGGUUGUAUACCCCAAUAUGUCAAUUCACAUUUUCUGUAUUUUCCUAAUCCUCGUGAAAAUUCCCUAAUUGAAUAAUUCGUAGCGGACAUACCUUCAAUGAAAUUGCCUCCAAUGAAGCCUAAUCCGAUGAGAAAUUCCCAAACACUUUAGACCGUACGACACAUGUUUCAAACUCUUUCCCUCCAUUUUUUUUCCGCUGAUCCUCAGACAUAUAAAACUGAGGACUCUUUUAAUUUGAAGUUAGUUCUAAUUUGUCACCUUGCAAAGUAGGCACUCUUAGCCCCAAAAUUCUCUGUCGACUCGGUUGUUGAAUACCUAGUGUUUCUCGAUUAAAUUAUCCGUUUAUUUUAGGAAUAAAUCUGUGUUCAAAAUUCAUUUAUUGAGAAUCGAACACUACUAGGAAUAAUAUAAAUGCAGUUGACAACACCAAAUCACUAAACUAUACCAAAAAGAUCAGCAAGCAACAAUAAAAUAAUAAAAUUCAAGGAAAAGCCUCGUAACAAUCAAAUAUAAUUAUAUAGCAUAUCAAAAUAGUUAAUACAAUUUAUUGAA